AUGGGAAUUACCGCCCUCACUCUCUUUCCCCAUGCUCAUUCUCUUUCCCCCCUUCUCACCCAUUUCCCCCCUUCCCUUGCCUUCAACCCCCCAUUUUCUCUCCCUCGAAUAUGCCUCCUCCUUUCCCUUCUCGGUUCAGUUCCCUUUACCCCCUUACCCUUCCCUUCUCCCCCACGCCAUUCCUCCCCUUCCCCCACUCCAACCCCUCCAUUCCCCUUCGCUAGACCUCCUCUUACGUGUCUUUUCCACCCCCUCACCCACCUCGUCCUCUCCCACUCGCGCGGCGCCACACUUCCUCCUCCUCCGCACCUCACCACCCUCCACCGCACUCCACUCCUCCAGGACCUCACACCCCGCCCUGCGGCUAGCAGUGGUUACAAGCAGCAGUAUCCCUCACACACCUCCACCUCUACCCUGCUGCUGUCUCUCACGCCCUUGUGUUACACCUCGCCCACUCCCGUCCCCACACGAUAUGCCAGCUCCUCACCACUCUCCACCGCACUCUACUCCCCCUCCACGCACUCAUAG